UCCCGGUGACGCGGGCCAACCGCGCUGCGUUGCGGCUCCACUGCGCUCCUCCGCUGGUCCGUCCGCCCGGCCCGCGCCCGCCGCCCGCAUGGCGCUGCGCAGCUUCUGCAGCGCUGAUGGCUCCGACCCCUUCUGGGACUGGAAUGUCACAUGGAACACCAGCAACCCCGACUUCACCAAGUGCUUUCAGAACACAGCCCUCGCAUGGCUGCCUUGUGUCUACCUCUGGGCCUGUUUCCCCCUCUACUUCCUCUAUCUCUCCCGACAUGACCGGGGCUACAUCCAGAUGACACACCUCAACAAAGCCAAAACUGCCUUGGGACUCUUGCUGUGGAUCGUCUGCUGGGCAGACCUCUUCUAUUCUUUCUGGGAAAGAAGUCAGGAGCCGUACUUGGCCCCUGUGCUACUGGUCAGCCCAACCUUCCUGGGUGUCACUAUGCUGCUCGCCACCUUUUUAAUUCAACUCGAGCGAAGGAAGGGGGUCCAGUCUUCAGGGAUCAUGCUCACCUUCUGGCUUGUAGCCCUACUGUGUGCCCUUGCCAUCUUGAGGUCCAAGAUCAUGGCUGCCUUUAAAGAGGAUGCCCGAGUGGACACAUUUAGAGAUUCUACAUUCUAUGUGUACUUCUGCCUUGUGCUGGUCCAGCUCGUGCUGUCCUGCUUCUCAGACCGCCCACCACUGUUCUCAGAAACCAUCAACGACCCGAAUCCAUGCCCGGAAUCCAGCGCCUCUUUCCUUUCCAGGAUCACUUUCUGGUGGAUUACAGGGUUGAUGAUCCAGGGCUACCGCCAGCCCCUGGAGGACAGUAACCUCUGGUCACUGAAUAAGGAGGACACGUCAGAAGAAGUGGUACCCGUGCUGGUAAAGAACUGGAGGAAGGAGUGUGCCAAGUCAAGGAAGCAGCCAGUGAGUAUUGUAUACGCCUCCUCCAAGGAUCCUGCCAAGCCAAAGGGAAGUUCCAAGUUGGAUGUGAAUGAGGAGGUGGAGGCGCUGAUUGUCAAGUCCCCGCAGAAGGAGCGGGACCCCUCCCUGUUCAAGGUGUUAUACAAGACCUUCGGGCCCUACUUCCUCAUGAGCUUCUUCUUCAAGGCCAUUCAUGACCUAAUGAUGUUUGCUGGGCCUGAGAUCCUGAAAUUGCUCAUCAUCUUUGUGAAUGACACAGAGGCCCCUGACUGGCAGGGCUACUUCUACACAGCGCUGCUGUUCGUCAGCGCCUGCCUGCAGACACUGGUCCUGCACCAGUACUUCCACAUCUGCUUCGUCAGUGGCAUGCGCAUUAAGACAGCUGUGGUGGGCGCUGUGUACCGCAAGGCCCUUGUCAUCACCAACUCAGCCAGAAAGUCCUCCACAGUCGGGGAAAUCGUCAACCUCAUGUCAGUAGACGCUCAGCGCUUCAUGGACUUGGCCACGUACAUUAACAUGAUCUGGUCAGCCCCUCUGCAGGUCAUCCUUGCCCUCUACCUCCUGUGGCUGAACCUGGGCCCUUCAGUGUUCGCCGGGGUGGGAGUGAUGAUCCUCAUGAUACCCUUCAAUGCAGUGAUGGCCAUGAAGACCAAGACCUACCAGGUGGUGCACAUGAAGAGCAAAGACAACCGCAUCAAGCUCAUGAAUGAGAUCCUCAACGGCAUCAAAGUGCUCAAGCUGUACGCCUGGGAGUUGGCAUUCAAGGAUAAGGUCAUGGCCAUCCGGCAGGAGGAGCUGAAGGUGCUGAAGAAGUCCGCCUACCUGGCUGCCGUGGGCACCUUCACAUGGGUCUGCACACCUUUCCUGGUGGCCCUGUCAACCUUCGCUGUUUAUGUGACUGUGGAUAAGAACAAUGUCCUGGAUGCACAGAAAGCCUUCGUGUCCCUGGCCCUGUUCAACAUCCUGCGUUUUCCACUCAACAUCUUGCCCAUGGUCAUCAGCAGCAUCGUGCAGGCCAGUGUCUCCCUCAAGCGCCUCAGGGUCUUUCUGUCACAUGAGGAACUAGAGCCAGACAGCAUCGAGCGGUGGCCGAUGAAGGAUGGUGGGGUGACAAAUAGCAUCACUGUGAAGAACGCCACGUUCACGUGGGCCAGGGGCGAGCCUCCUACGCUGAAUGGCAUCACCUUCUCCAUCCCUGAAGGUGCCCUGGUGGCCGUGGUGGGCCAGGUGGGCUGCGGGAAGUCGUCCCUGCUGUCAGCCCUGCUGGCUGAGAUGGACAAGGUGGAGGGACACGCGACUCUUAAGGGCUCGGUGGCCUACGUGCCCCAACAGGCCUGGAUUCAGAAUGGCUCUCUCCGAGAGAACAUCCUGUUUGGGCACCCACUGCAGGAGCACUACUACAAGGCUGUGAUGGAAGCCUGCGCCCUCCUCCCGGAUCUGGAAAUCCUGCCCAGCGGAGACCGGACAGAGAUUGGAGAGAAGGGCGUGAACCUUUCCGGGGGCCAGAAGCAGCGUGUGAGCCUGGCCCGGGCUGUAUACUGCAAUUCUGACAUCUACCUCUUGGACGACCCCCUGUCUGCUGUGGAUGCGCAUGUGGGAAAACAUAUCUUCGAAAAGGUGGUCGGCCCCAAGGGGAUGCUGAGGAGCAAGACUCGGAUCCUAGUCACCCACGGCAUCAGCUACCUGCCCCAAGUGGAUGUUAUCCUUGUCAUGAGCGGUGGCAAGAUCUCAGAGAUGGGCUCCUAUCAGGAGCUGCUGGCCCGGGAUGGCGCCUUUGCUGAGUUCCUGCGCACCUAUGCCAGCGCCGAGCAGGACCCUGACUCAGAAGAUGAUGGUGUCAGUGCUCCAGGGAAGGAGGUAAAGCCGUUGGAAAAUGGGAUGCUGGUGACGGAGAUGGCAGGGAAGCACCUGCAGAGACAACUCAGCAGCUCCUCCUCCUACAGCGGGGACAUGGGCCGCCAGCAUGCCAGCACAGCUGAACUGCAGAAAGCCGGAGCCAAGGAGGAGACCUGGAAGUUGGUGGAGGCAGACAAAGCACAGACGGGGCAGGUGAAGUUGUCGGUGUACUGGGAUUACAUGAAGGCUAUCGGCCUCUUCAUCUCCUUCCUUAGCAUCUUCCUGUUUCUGUGCAACCAUGUGUCCUCACUGGCCUCCAACUACUGGCUCAGCCUCUGGACUGAUGAUUCCAACAACAAGGGCUCCCAGCGGCACACGAAUGUCUGGCUGGGCGUCUAUGGGGCUCUGGGCAUCUCUCAAGGCUUGGCGGUGUUUGGCUACUCCAUGAUGGUGUCCAUCGGGGGCAUCUUUGCCUCCCGCUGCCUGCAUCUGGACCUGCUGCACAACGUUCUGCGCUCGCCUAUGAGCUUCUUUGAGCGCACGCCCAGCGGGAACCUGGUGAAUCGCUUCUCUAAGGAGCUGGACACAGUGGACUCCAUGAUCCCCCAGGUCAUCAAGAUGUUCAUGGGUUCGCUCUUCAACGUCAUUGGCGCUGUUAUCAUCAUCCUGCUGGCCACGCCCAUCGCCGCUGUCAUCAUCCCACCCCUGGGCCUCAUCUACUUCUUCGUGCAGCGGUUCUAUGUGGCCUCCUCCCGGCAGCUGAAGCGCUUGGAGUCAGUCAGCCGCUCCCCCGUAUACUCGCACUUCAAUGAGACCUUGCUGGGUGUCAGUGUCAUCCGUGCCUUUGAGGAGCAGGAACGCUUCAUCCACCAGAGUGACCUGAAGGUGGAUGACAACCAGAAGGCCUACUACCCCAGCAUCGUGGCCAACAGGUGGCUGGCUGUGCGCCUCGAGUGCGUGGGCAACUGCAUCGUGCUGUUUGCUGCCCUGUUCGCCGUCAUCUCCCGGCACAGUCUCAGUGCUGGCUUGGUGGGCCUGUCGGUGUCCUACUCGCUGCAGAUCACUGCAUACUUGAACUGGCUAGUUCGGAUGUCAUCUGAGAUGGAGACCAACAUUGUAGCUGUAGAGAGACUGAAGGAAUACUCUGAAACCGAGAAGGAGGCUCCCUGGCAAAUCCAGGAGACGACUCCACCCAGCAACUGGCCCCAGACAGGCCGCGUGGAGUUCCGGGACUACGGCCUGCGGUACCGAGAGGACUUGGACUUGGUUCUUAAGCACAUUAAUGUCACCAUUGAGGGGGGAGAAAAGGUUGGCAUCGUGGGCCGUACAGGAGCCGGGAAGUCAUCUCUGACCCUGGGUUUGUUUCGGAUCAAUGAGUCUGCAGAAGGGGAGAUUGUUAUUGAUGGGGUGAAUAUCGCCAAGAUCGGCCUGCACAGCCUGCGCUUCAAGAUCACCAUCAUCCCCCAGGACCCCGUUUUGUUCUCUGGUUCCCUUCGAAUGAAUCUGGAUCCAUUCAGUCAGUAUUCAGAUGAGGAGGUCUGGACGGCACUGGAGCUCUCUCACCUGAAGGGCUUCGUGUCAGCUCUGCCCGACAAGCUCAACCACGAGUGUGCAGAGGGCGGGGAGAACCUGAGUGUCGGACAGCGCCAGCUUGUGUGCCUGGCCCGGGCUCUGCUGAGAAAGACGAAGAUCCUCGUGUUGGACGAAGCUACAGCAGCUGUGGACCUGGAAACAGAUGACCUCAUUCAGUCCACCAUCCGGACACAGUUUGAAGGCUGUACUGUGCUCACUAUUGCCCACCGUCUCAACACCAUUAUGGACUACACAAGGGUGAUUGUCCUGGACAAAGGAGAAGUUCGAGAGUGUGGUCCACCCUCGGAGCUUCUGCAGCAGAGGGGCAUCUUCUAUAACAUGGCCAGAGAUGCCGGCUUGGUGUGAGCCGGGACUGGUGCUUUGGGUAAGAGCCACUGUCCCAGCAUCCAGGGAUGAGCCAGCAUACCUGGGAACCCAAGCCUCCAAGACAGAAACCAAAAAAUACAAAAAAGAAAGAAAACUAAACUCCCCAAACCAAAGCAUGCAAAGCUACAGUUGCUAUCUGGCCCUGCCCUGGAACUGACCUUAAAGAACUGGGAGACAGACACUCCCCCUUUCAAACAUGCACAUCUGGUCUCUUGCGCCCCCCAAGAGGUUCCCCUGGAAACACACACUUGUAUCCUGCUGCAGUCCACAACCGGGCCUUUGACAGCCAGACUUGUGGAGAGAUCCAUGGUGUCAAACAUACUUGUGACCAAACGCAGUCACUGCCUCGUGUCUCCAGCCACACCUGUGCACUCCAAGCCUUUGAGCCUCUCCCAGCCCCACAAGCUCUUCCAUCACCUACCGUGGCCUCCUCUGACUCCAGAGGAGUACUUCCUGUCCAGGACUGCAGUUGAGAGAGCAUGAGGACCUGAUAAAAAUCACUGACCCGCCGUGUCCAGCUGUGUGACAGUCACCUUGCCUGCCAUCUGGUCUUCCAGGAGCUCUGAUACUGCCCCCCACACCCAGUGCUACUGUCUGAUUAAGGGACAUGACCAGACAAGUGGUGAUCCACACCUGGAACUGCAGGGCCAGGCCACACUCCCUUCACAAGGAUGUCCUCCCUGCUCCAACAUCCCUCCCUUGCUUCCUGCCUCUUCCUGUCCAUCACUGGAGUGGGUUCGCUGCUCUCCGAAGGUCUGUGAAUGAUGAUGAGCCGUGAAAGUCAAGAGCAGGAUAGACCAUAGAUGAGCCUUUGGUACCAAAGAGAGACCCAGUGGUCUGAGUUUAGAUUUUAAUUCCUCUCCCUUGGCAGCAGACUGGUUGUCGGCCACCACGAUGCAAACCUGCCAUCCACUGACUGUGUCUUCUCCAGGGCAAGAGGCGAGCCCACCACCAAUAGCAUCAUAUUUUUCUUUUUUUAAGUAUCACUCCAGGGAGAAAGACCUUCUUAAGAAUCUGGCUUCUAGGAAGGAGGUACUGGGCCCAGGAAGCAGCCACAAUGGGCCCAGCACUUGGCCUUCGGUCCAUGUGUUCUUGGAAAAAGUAGAGUUCUUCGAGUCCUCUAGAUGUUUGGGUUACAAACCAAAGAGAGACCUGGAGGCUGUGAGAGCUGGCCACCAGCCCACAGCUCAUACUCGCUAUGAGCUACAGUGCUGACUUGACCCAAGAGAAGCUUUUUCUUUAGGUGGAAAUAUAUAUAUUUAUUUUUUGUAAGUUAUACCAUUCUUUCACAUUAGAAAGCCCAAGUUUCUCUUGGGUCUUUUUGUAAUGACUUUACACUGGAAACGUGAAAAUUUGCAGAUAAUUUGCAGUAAAGAAAAAUAUUUUAUUUCUUUCUAAA